AUGGCUUUAAAUCUCAAUGAUUAUGAUCCGAAUAAAGGGGAAAUUCAUUCGGUAUUACCAGCAUAUAAUAAUCCUAAUGGUCCUAUUACUAACGACAAGAAUAAUUCAUAUCUCAUCUUAUCUGCUACGUAUGCUUUCAUCGAGAAAGCAAUAAUGGACGAGGAAUUUAUAUGA